AUGGCAAUUAAGGUAGCCCAGCUAGCUAUCCUCCUCCUCCUGGUGGUGGCCAAUGUGGCGUUAUCCGCGGUGGUGGAAUCCACUAUGUACUCAGAUCCCGCCUCCGUGGGGGCGGCGAGCAGCGGCAUAAUGGACUUUGAUGACGCGGAGGAGAUGAUGCUGGAUUCCGAAUCCUCAAGACGAAUGCUGUUCAGGACCAGAUACCUGAGCUACUCGGUGUUGCGGAAGGACCAGAUCCCCUGCGGCAAAAAAGGCCCUUCUUACUAUUUCUGCCACUCCCACCACCCCAUCCGCCCCUACACCCGCGGUUGCAGCAGGUUCACCCGAUGCGGCGGACGGGGGCGUUAA